AAUCUUUCAACUGUCAUUCAUCCCCAACUUUCGUUUGUUCGUCCCGCUUUUUUUAACGGUUUUUCGUCUAAAUUCCAUUCCAGCUUUGUAAAUUUUCUUCUAGUUACCGAGCUUUUAUAAGUUGUAAAUUGCGUUUGAAAAAAGAAGUGAUGGAUCGCGACAAUGCUUCUAGCUCUGAUGAAGAGCGUAGGAAACAGAAGGCACAGGCAGGGAGGCCCCCUCAAAGGCAUCGCCCCGGAGUGCCGAGGAGAUCAAAUCCUCGACCAGUGGUCCCUCUGACCCGUCGUCAUUCGUCUCACGAAUUGAGAAGCCAAGUCCAGGCAGCGUUUCUCCCCAGAGUGAGAGCAUCUAGAAGCCAGAGUGCUCACAGAUUUGGAGAGAUUGUUCAGAGCCUUGGAGCGCACCCAAUAUUUACCUGUGUUGUAGAAUUGCGCAGAGCACUGUCAAUUAAUCCUCAGGCGGCUUUCUUACUUCAAGAGAUGCAACUUCAGGACGUCUUGCACCUCAUCGAGGAAGACAUGUUCGAAAUGGGCUUGAUUGAUCAGGUGAACAGGAGUGAUCAGGAAACAGAUGAUGAUGACAUUGAGGAACAUGUCGUCCCGCGCAUGCAUCCUUGCAGGAUUUGUCGCCUUCUCUGUCCUGAUCGCGUUGAAGUGUGCGCAGCCUGCCGGGCCAGGAAUGACAAUAUCGAACCUUCUUCUUCUUCUUCUUCUAGCGCCUAAAUGUUUAUGCCCAUCGUCUUGUGCAAUUUGUUAUAGAAUGUAUGUAAAUUUUUAAUUUGUGUUCAUGUUUUUUUAGUUUUACUAUACGAGGCAGUCAGUCGUCAUAGGUACGUUAAGUUAAAAUGUUUGUUCAAUUUGUUUGCUAGCUUCUUAAAAAAAGAUCGCUUUUAGUAACUAUUUUCAAUACCUUACUACUAAUACCGUUUUAACUAGUAUAGUUUAUAGUCCAUGCGCAUCUCAAAAUAUAGAUAAACAGAGUGCUCCUCGUAUAGUGUCAGUUAUACCCCAGUUGUGUGUAAAGACUGAUAUUAAUGGAAGAGAUGCUGGGAAUACCUUUGCACCUUGAAUCUAAAGCAUACUCUUCCACUGUAAAGAUAAGAUAUAAUACACCAAAGAUGAACUAUAGAAUGUGAUAACUGUUGUGAUUCUAUUUAAAAUAUGUAGGAUUCUUGCCAUAAAGUUAUUAGUAGUAGUAUCUUUAUGAAUAGCUAAACAAUACAAUAUAUAUAAUGUUAUCUAAAACUAACACUAUUUUCUACAUAGAUUCUCAAUUGUCUUUUGAAUUUGACAAAAUUUGAUUUCUGUAAAACCCCUGACACUAUAUAUCAAGCUGGUCUUAGCAUUCCUACAAUUAAAGAAGAAUGCAAGCUAGAUAUUUCUACAAGGCCGUAAAAACACAACACAUAUUUGUUACAAUAAAGUCAAUUAUACUUGAAAAAGGCCACUGUGAUGGUUAUUCUAAGAUCUUCAUAUUUUCUGUAAUAAACAGGAAGCAAAAGAUGACAAUGAGGUACAUGUUGUCUCUCGCAUGCAUCCUUGCAGAAACUGUCACCUGCUAUGUCCUGAUCACAAUGAAGUGUGUGCAGCAACUAGUAUAGUUUAUAGUUCAUGCGCAUCUCAAAAUAUACAUAUAGUUCAGUUAAAGCCCAGUUAUGUGUAAGAAUUACUGUAAAGACUGAUAUUAAUGGAAGAGAUGCUGGGAAUACCUUUACACCUUGAAUCUAAAGCAUACUCUUCCACUGUAAAGAUAAGAUAUAAUACACCAAAGAUGAACUAUAGAAUGUGAUAACUGCUGUGAUUCUAUUUAAAAUAUGUAGGAUUCUUGCCAUAAAGUUAUUAGUAGUAGUAUCUUCAUGAAUAGCUUCAAGCUCAACAAUACAAUAUAUAUAUAAUGUUAUCAUCUAAAACUAACACUAUUUUCUACAUAAAUUCUCAAUUGUCUUUGAAUUUGACAAAAUUUGUAGAUUUGACUUCAGCUUGUAAAUUAUUAAAAUCUUAAUAUACAUUAAUACACUGUAUAUACGUAUUGCACUUAGGUAGGUAACAUGACUGGGGUAUUACUGUAUUGUUAUCGUUAUCUCAUAAAGACACAUUAAGCUUAGGUAAUGAUUGCAAUAUUUUUAUAACACCCUUGAUUACAGAAUCAAAUCUGCAAUCUAACCUUAAUGUGUCUUAAUAUUAUUUUUAUUUAUUGUUCAUAAGGACUUGUAUCAAUUGAACAAAAAUUGUCAAUGCUUGAAUACAGUAAUAUGUAGUGUGUUAAUGAGAGCAUUGCAUCUGGUGGUCACCACCUUUUAGAACAACGAAAUAGAUGGUCAACUGAUGCGAGUCCUUUUUGUUUUUAUUUAACUGUAUUUAUUUUAGACUACAGACACUAGGGCAUUUACUGAACAUUCAAGUUGGAUAAAGGUUGUAUGUUUCAUAUCAAAAUAAAAGAAAUGAAAAUGC